AUGUCCAUCAUUGACCGGCUACCGCAGAUGGCCCUCCAGACCGCUGGUCUUGAGAGAGACUACGAAAAGGCCGCCGCAGCAUCGGCGCGUCUGCUGGAUGCCGAGCGAGAUCGCGUGCGGCGCAUGGAGCAUUUGUUGCUUCAGUUCGAGCGGGACGCCCUGCGCUCGCAGUUGGACCAGGCCAAUGAACAGACCCUUCGACUGGCUAAGGCGGAGUCCGACACCUGUCAGCAGCUCGGUGAAGCAGAGAUCUCAAACCUCAGCCAUCAUUCGACUGGCUACAAUACAGCUCUCUCAGAGAAGCAGCGUCUGCUCCGAGAGACGACUGCGCUUCGGACCGAGGUUGAACGGCUGCAGGCGCAGAACUCAUCUUAUCAGGCCCUCGUUGCGGAAAAACGCGAACUGGAGCGACAGUUCAAUUCACUCGAAGUGGAACUCGAAAAUGAAAGGCAUGCCCACGGGCGCACGCAAACCAAGGCAUCCCAGCAAGCAGAGGAGCUUGCAAAGGUCUCCGCACGCGUCGAGGAAUUGCGCAGCGAGCUGGCAGUCGAAGCGCGGGCUCAGCAGCAACAGGAUCGAGAUAGCCGCCAGCAAGGGUGGGAGAGUCAGCGAGCGGUACUAGAAGGGAAGAUCGAGAGCCUGAAGAAACAGUUGCGGUCGACCAAGACCAAGUUACAGGAAGCCCAAGAAGAAUUGCAGCACCGGCGCAGCAUGAGGAUGGAGUCGGAGGACGCCUCAUAUUCGCGAUCUCGGAUGGUGCCCCUGCAGCGGGCUGCCCCAGAUUACCCUGCUGCCAUGACCAUUGCCACCCCCGGAGCGGUUCGGGUACAAGAGAAAGUGAAGAGACCCCAGGUGUUGCCGGGUGACAAAUCCGCGUUUUCCAUUACUCCGUUUCUCAACCGCACUGGGGCGCCGUCAGACUCUCCAAACAGUUCCGUAGCCGAGGCGGACGAGAUCCACCUGUCUGCAGACGAAUCGCAGAUAUCAAUUGCCAAAUAUCAUGCGAGCAGUCCGAAUAAAAAGCGCGCCGCAGCCCCUGUUACCUCCACCAAGAAUCCGGGGCAAAGACCCGAGGCCGGCGAAGGCAAGUCUGUCCUGACCGCAUCUCGCAAGGAAGCAAAGAAACCGGCCAGCCGCCUGGGGGGUCCGAUGCAGACCCGAGAUCUCAGCGACGAGCUCCCCGAUCCGCCGGCGGAAAACGGGGGGGUGAAAGUCAAGAAGCGCAAGCUGGGCGCUCAACGAGAUCGUCUGUUUGACGAGGAGGAGGAGGAGGAGGAGGAGGGGGAAGAACUCGAGACCCGAAAGCCUGGGCGCAAGCUCGCCCUGGGGAAUUCGGUGGUCCCUGUGACCGGCGGACCUCGAGCGCUUGGAUUUGGCGCACCGGUGGGGUUUUCGCCGCUGAAGCGAGACCGGAAGCGAUGA